GCUCCCUUGACAACCCAUACUAAGCAUUUCUUCCCCUUUCUGUACCACGUCCAAGUCAUCUGCCACUCAUGUUCUCGUGAAUGGCGGAAUGCGAGCUCCUGGUUGCGGAAAGUCGAACUUUCAUGCGCGCUGCUGUUGGUUGUAAACUGGUCUGCAGACCCGAUUCAUGGCUUGCAGGACUUGGUACAAGCCACGAUCGAGCAUCUUGGCGGUGCACAAGAACGUGUGGAGAACUUUGUGUGAUGUCAAGGCAACGCGUGGCUUGUGCAGAGCUGAGCAUAAAGAGAGCGCUUUGCAGCACUGUGACAUAGGUGGACUGCGUGGACCAAGUCUAACAGUCUUCGUGCGGCAUAACAACCGCUUCCUGACGACUUUACUUUUCAAGUUUACACUAUGAAGCUAUCUUUCCUCGCACUUUCCUUGUUGGGCUCGCUGGCGGUGGCGCAGUCUCUCGUGAAUGACUGUGAAUGCCCUCAGGUCAAGUGCCCUGCCACCGAUACUCUCGCUGGCUGCAGGUGUAUCAACCUUGCGGAGCUGAGGUGCAAGCAAAAAUGUCCACUCUACGAACCGACGAGGGCAAGGGUGUGCCGUCGGCCGAGACAGACCUCGACUGCACUUGAAGCUACUCCCACUUCGAUACUGCCUUUGCCGACUCUACCUAUUCUGGGGAUUCCGGAUCCAAUCCUGACUGUGCCAGUCGUGGCCGAGCCAACCGAACCUGAGCUCGAUGUACCUGAGCCAGACCUACCGCAGCCUGAUCUACCUCUGGAUCCAGAUUGCGAGUGCGACGACACGUUUUGCAUCCAAAGUUUCCCCCAAUCAUGCCACUGUCAGCACAACAAUGCGCAGAAGUGCUACCAGAAAUGUGGCGGCGAGUGGCCAGGACUCAACACAUGUCCAGCUCUCGAUGCACCGGAGCCACCCGCACCUGAUACAUUCGAGCCCGAGCCAGCCGCACCUGAAGUGGCGCUUCCUGACCUACCUCUUACCCCCGGCUGUGAGUGCGAGGAGAUGAUGUGCAUCCAAAGCUAUCCUCAAUCGUGCCACUGCCAGUACGGCAUCAAGGUGAGCUGCUACACCAAAUGUGGUGGCGAGUCUCCGGGGCUCAACACAUGUCCGCCCGUCAGUCCACUUGGCAUCAGCUUUUCGGACGGCCCUGUGAAACGUGCUGCUGCUUCACGAGCACAAAGGCGUUCCGCCAUUCCUGCGGAGCCAGCUCCAGUCCAAGUGAAACCACCUCCAGUAAAGCCAGCUCCCGUCAAGCCAGUUCCCAUCAAGCCAGCUCCCGUCAAGCCAGUUCCCAUCAAGCCAGCUCCCGUCAAGCCAGCUCCCGUCAAGCCAGUUCCCAUCAAGCCAGCUCCCAUCAAGCCAGCUCCCGUCGUAGAGCCAGCUCCCGUCAAGCCAGCUCCCUUCGUAAAGCCAGUUCCCGUCAUCGCAAAGCCAGCUCCUGUCAAGCCAGUCCCCAUCCCAGUAAAUCCUCUUCUGUCUCUUCUUUUCCCAUGGAAGCCUUUUCAACUCCCGACAAAGCCUAUUCCAAUCCCGUACGUACCCGUCCCUGAAUCCCGCAAACACCAGAUCUGCGGCGGUGGUCGCCCAAACACACUCGCAUGCCCUGCCGGUGAGAUUUGUAUGAACGACCCGUUUAAAACAGGAUGCGGACCUGAAUGCGAUGGAUUAGGGAUCUGUGUGAAGGACCAACUGUGUGGAGGCUUUGCUGGAUUCAAGUGUCCAGACAGCAGGCAGCAAUGUGUGGACAUUCCUGAUAGUUGUGAUCCUAAGAGAGGGGGUGCAGAUUGUGGUGGCGUGUGUGUUUGGCCUCUGGAUCUGAGGACGAUCUUUUAGAUGGUAUGAGAGCAUACGGGGUUCGCGCUCUGUCCUACUUUCGAGGAAUCCGCAAUGUCUUCAAAUCGAAUGUUUGCUCGUAUUGCGAAAAGCUCGGUGUAUAUCCAGCAUCGAGUGAUUUUGCCUUGUGAGCUCGGAGCUUUUU